CCAUGAAGACGAAGCAUUCUCCUGGGGAAGAUCCGAUCAUCAGCUUCUGCAAGGCAACAUCAGAGUCUCAAGAAACAGCACGCUUCUUCCUCGAAGGAUUCAGCUGGGAUCUCGAUAACGCCGUCUCUGGUUUCCUCCAAGGUCAGCUUCCUCCUGUCAAAAAACAGCCGUUGCAGCGACCUCGAUCACGAUCUCCUUCGAGGCGGAUAGACUCAUCUGGCUUGAGAUCAAAGCAUUAUAAGAUGGACGCAGAUGAAACCUUCAAAACUUUGGAUGAUGAUAGAGAGCCUAUUGGACUUGCCAAAGAAGCAACUCAUGAUGAAAUAUCACAUGGAGUAGAUUUGGCCUCUAUGCCUGAUCCUAUCUAAAAAAAAUAGGAAAACUCUACUCUUGCACUUUCCUCAUAUUGUCUUAAUCACAUCUCUUUCUGAAUGAUAUGUUGAAACUGUACCCAUUUGUGCCUACCAAUUUCAUAAUAAAAUCUUUAGUUU